AUGUCUGACACACAAGAAAUUCAUAAUUACCCCUUUGACUCAAUUAUUAAUUUUAAAAAAUCAGGACAUAGUUUUUCAUAUAAAAUUAUAAAAGAAGGAACGUAUCCUAAUAAAUCUUUAUUAGCGUACACUCUUCCUCCUAAUAAAUAUCGAAUCCCUGAUGAUUAUAUGGUAGAAACAACUUGGGGUAGAAGUAAUAAUCGAUGUGUUGUUCAGUGUUUUAUUAAUUACAUUGAUAAUAAACCAGUUUUUCAAAUCUGGUUUGGAAAGUGUUUUGAACAUGUAGUAUCUUCAGUUAGAAGUGCGACGGAUGUUACAAAUUUAUUUCAUAAAGAAUAUACAUCUUUAAAAAAAACAAAAACAUCAGGAAUUUAUUUGUUUGGUCUUCAUCUCAAAACAUUAGAAAUGGCAAGAGAAGGCAAGCGACGUGCACAUAUAUUAAAACCAAUUGACCAAUGUGGAAAUUCCACCCUUACAAAACGUGCUAUGAGUAUUGGAAAACAUAUAUUAGCUGAAUUCAACGAAAAAACACAGAAGCUAUAUAAUUUGGAAGACAUACCAGCAUUGGAAAGUAUAUGUUAUUCUGUUAAUAAAAAACAUACUUUUAAUAUCAGUUACAAGAAUGAAGAUAAAACUAAAAAAAAACAAAAACUUGAAUCAAUAGUUAGAGCAUUAGAUGAAGGCAAUAUUCCAAGAGAUUCUUAUAGACGUCUAUGUGCUAUAGAAUAUAACCUACCACGUGAAGGAGAAAUAUCUAAAGAACGUAUAAAUAUAAAUGAAAUAAUGGUCCAGCUCAUACCAAUAACAAUAGUAGAUAUAAAUACUAAAAGUCAAGUGGAUGAAUCCGAAGGAGUAGAUAUAGAUGAUGAAUCUAUAACACAAGAAGUAAUUAAUGCAGUUGGUAAAGAUGGCUAUAGAAAUAUUAAUAAUAUAUUGUAUUAUUUGGUUCCUAACCUUGUUCAAAAAGGCAUCUUGAAUCCAGAUCAGCCCAUAAUUAAUCUUCAAAUCUCUGGAGAUGGGAGAAACGUAGGAAGGAAAGUAAAACAUGUAAUCAUCACAGUGGCUAUUUUAGAUGAUAAAAAUACUUCACACAAACCAGAUCAUCAUUAUACGACCAUACUCUAUCCUGGAUGUGAAGAUUACAACUCUCUAUCAAAUGCAAUGACCCAAUUCUGCCAUGAUCUAAGAAAUUUAAAAGAAGGACUGGUAAUUGAUAAUGUAAAGUGGAAUUUUCAAUUUUAUUUUUCGUCUGACUGGAAGUUCUUAGCAAUCUGUUUGGGUUUUAAUAGCGCUCAUAGUAAAAAUUUCUGCCCUUGGUGUACAAUUGAUAAAUCACAACAAGGAGAUCUAUCAAAAGAAUGGAAGAUUAAUAAAGAAAUAGAUAAGUUAGUUGAACAAAAUAAUUACUAUAAAGGACAUAUAAGAAAACCACUUUUUGAUAUGAUACCUCUUAAUCACUGGGUUCCUGAUGAAUUGCACAUUAUGCUUAGAAUUACUGAUCGUUUAUGGAGUCUUGUGAUAGCAGAAUUAACAGAAUAUGGUUUGUUUAAUGAUACUGCACGAAAGAUAAUUGUAGAGGAAAUGAAAAGAAUUAAAGUUAAGUUUCAAUUCUGGCAAAUUCAAGAAUCUAAAACUUGGAGCUACACAUCAUUAAUGGGAAAUGAUAAGAUCAAAGACCAAAAAACAAAUGCUGAAGAAUUUCAAAAUGAUGCAAAGAAUUGGCUUACUUUAUUCUUAACGCCAUCUGAAGGUAUUCCAAAUACUCAAGGAUUCAAAAAAGGUCUUUAUAAACCUAAUGAUAUGACACCUUACAUUCAUGUGUUAGUCCAUCACGUUUCUGAAUUUAUGACAAUUCAUCAAAAAUGGGGAUUAAAGUCAUUUUCAUGUAGUGCAGUGGAAAAAAAAAAUCAUCAGCAAGUUUCUUAUUUUUUUCGUAAAACAAUGAAAGAUGGAGGUAGAAAAUCCAAGUCAUCAGCAAUUAUUGAGAUCUUAGAACAUGAAAAUCGAUCUCUUUUUUACAAUUACCAUAAUGUUUCCUUAAACUCUCAAAAACCUAAUAAAAUUCAUAUUAAAGCUGAAAAUAAUUAG